AGGGUCGGCUGAAGCUUGUUACUGAGUCCGAGAGAGCCAUCUUUCCGACAGGAGAAAGAGUGGGGGGACAGACGGGAGAAAUUGGGGGGUUCCCGGCUGUACGGGCGGCCCAAAACACAUUGCAUUGGGACGGCAGGAAAAACCGGUGACCAUCGGAGAGAAAACAGGGCUUUCUUACUGCAUCCGGAACUAAGACGGAACGGGAACCGGGUCGGGCGAUCGAGCGAGCGAAAGACAAGCUUUAUUAGAUAGCGAGCUAGCUAGCUAGCUACAAAGGAAGAGAGAAAUACGAGUGUGAAUAGAAAAGGGCUUUAAUUGGAAACUAAUCGCGCGUCAUCGAUUAAAAAAACAGCCUAUUGGUAGCAAGCUAGCUAUUACUAUUUGGUUUGCUGAUUUGUGGAGAGAAUGUGCAAUUGUGCCAAGAUGUCAAUAUAAACAACACCAAUCCGUUUUGGAGCAACUACUGUGGCAGUGGGACUCGGAUUAAGACUAAAGGAUUCCUGCCAGAGGUUUUCGGUACAUGUAAAAUAUAUUUUUUCGACGUUAUUUUUAAAAUAAAUUGCAGAUGAGCGUUGACAAUGACAGAGAAUUAAUAGGCUGCUAGCUAGCUAGCCCGGUAGUUCGCUACAUUUCGAUGUUGAUCUUAGAAUGGGAAACUGUAGAUUCAUUUUGUUCUGAACGUUUAAAUAUCUGUCUGACUGCAGCGGUUGAAGGUUAAAAGUGAACGGAAAAGGGAAAAGUGAGGUUCUGCAAAGAUUUGGCUGGCGAGCUAGCUUGCAAGCUAGGUAAGUGGCUCUGGAACAGAGUGUCUUCUUUGCCCCCCCUCCACUCACACGAAUAGUCCACCGGGAGUCUGUGAGCGCACAGCUGAUUGGACGAGCAGGGGAGGGGGGAUCCGCAAUGGGAAAACAUCACUUUGUUGCAACUUUAUCGCAAGCUAGCUAAUUUACUCAUAUCUAGAUAGUCUUCGUGUAGUAAACUGGUGUAGUUACGAUCCUUGUUAUUUCCACGAAUUCCACCGUUUGCGAUUAGGAGGAAGCCCUUGUUAGUCAACAGAGAAACCGUAGUCUGAACACUUACAAUAGGAACCAUGAUGAAUAUUGAGUAAGUUGGAGGGGGUCGUCUCCUCAUAACGCCGUCUUAGAUCGACAGCAAAAACCUCCACAAGGUCCAAAAAGAAGAGAGCUCUUGUAGCUUGUAACGUCAGCGGUAAUACAGGCAAGGAUCAAAUUGCACCGAAGCACUGGAUACCGUGUCUAAGAUAACCAAGCUCCAUCUCCCUGUGCAAGGCAUUUGAAAAAAGUUAGCUCUCUCAAAGUUUUUUUUUUUUUUUUUUUAAUUCCAUUUUUUUAUCCCGCCCUUCCAUUGGUCCAAAGUGAAUAUAAUAAUUUCAUGGCAGUAAUCUCCAACUGGCCUGCUAGCUUGCACAUUCUCCAAGAAAGGGCCUUACAAUUCUUCGUCUAGAGAAUUAGUAAAGUGUCUAACAACCCGAGCAAGUUAGCGGUCUGAUUGGAAUCGAUAAGUUUAUGUUUUAGCAUACUUCAUCUAUCGAGACUUUUGUCGUGCUUCACCGUUACAUCUAGUUAGCUGUGUAUGUAAAACUUAGCUGACUGGCUAGGUAUUUUUUUGUUUGUCGCUUUCGCUAUAAACCGAAACAAACCAAUGAUAACUGAUUUGUAACCCGACAAUAAAAUGUGAGGAACAAGAUCUCGAUCAACAAGUUGGUUUGAUAGCAGUCAAGGCUCUUGACUAUUACACACGAGGAAGAAAGGAACAAAGCGGACACAGAAAGAACCGUGUUGCUAGUUCACUGGCAAGUCUGCGGUGACUUGUCAGUGUUUUGGUUGUGUUGCGGCCGCCCCUCCCCCAGCUUUAGUAAGACCCUGCUGGAAGUGUACGCCGCCGCUGCUGCCGUGUGUCAUUCGGGUACAGAGCUUGUCCCCCCAGCGUUUGUAGAGGCAUCGGCUGUUGCGAGUGUCAUUUGCGGGGGAACAGAUCGGUGGAUGUGAUGGAACUAAUGUUCGCCGAGUGGGAAGACGGGGAGAGGUUCUCUUUCGAAGACUCGGACCGGUUCGAGGAAGACUCGCUGUGCUCCUUCAUAUCCGAGGCGGAGAGUCUCUGUCAGAACUGGAGGGGAUGGAGGAAACAGUCCGCGGGACCCAAUUCGCCGACAGUCAAAAUUAAAGAUGGCCAGGUCAUCCCCCUGGUGGAGCUGUCCGCCAAGCAGGUGGCGUUCCACAUCCCCUUCGAGGUGGUGGAGAAGGUGUACCCCCCCGUCCCGGAGCAGCUGCAGCUGCGCAUCGCCUACUGGAGCUUCCCAGAGAACGAGGAGGACAUCAGGCUGUACUCCUGCCUGGCCAAUGGCAGCCCUGAUGAGUUCCAGCGAGGGGAGCAGCUGUACAGGAUGAGGGCGGUGAAGGACCCGCUGCAGAUCGGCUUCCACCUCAGCGCCACGGUGACGCCGCCCCAGGCCAGCCAGUCCAAGGGCAACUACAACGUGGCCGUCAUGUUCGACCGCUGCCGCAUCACCUCCUGCAGCUGCACCUGCGGGGCCGGGGCCAAGUGGUGCGCGCACGUGGUGGCGCUGUGUCUCUUCCGAAUCCACAACGCUUCGGCAGUCUGCCUCCGUGCUCCAGUGUCCGAGUCCCUGUCCCGGCUCCAGAGAGACCAGCUGCAGAAGUUUGCACAGUACCUCAUCAGCGAGCUUCCCCAGCAGAUCCUGCCCACAGCCCAGCGCCUCCUGGACGAGCUGCUCUCCUCCCAGUCCACCGCCAUCAACACCGUGUGUGGCGCUCCAGACCCCACCGCGGGCCCCUCGGCCUCCGAUCAGAGCACCUGGUACCUGGACGAGUCCACGCUCAGCGACAACAUCAAGAAGACUCUGCACAAGUUCUGCGGGCCCUCCCCGGUCGUGUUCAGUGAUGUGAACUCCAUGUACCUGUCCUCCACGGAGCCGCCAGCCGCGGCGGAGUGGGCGUGUCUGCUGAGGCCCCUGAGGGGCCGGGAGCCCGAGGGCAUCUGGAACCUGCUGUCCAUCGUCAGGGAGAUGUUCAAGAGGAGGGACAGCAACGCCGCGCCCCUGCUGGAGAUCCUGACCGAGCAGUGCCUCACCUACGAACAGAUAAUCGGGUGGUGGUACAGCGUGCGCACGUCCGCCUCGCACAGCAGCGCCAGCGGGCACACCGGCCGCAGCAACGGGCAGUCGGAGGUGGCGGCCCACGCCUGCGCCAGCAUGUGCGACGAGAUGGUGGUCCUGUGGCGGCUCGCCGUGCUGGACCCCACCAUGAGCCCCCAGAGGCGCUUGGAGCUGGCUGCCCAGCUGAAGAAGUGGCACUUGAAGGUGAUCGAGAUCGUGAAGCGCGGGCAGCACCGCAAGUCCCUGGACAAGCUGUUCCAGGGCUUCAAGCCGGCGGUGGAGUCCUGCUACUUCAACUGGGAGGUGGCCUACCCGCUGCCCGGCAUCACCUACUGCAGCGCCGACAAGAAGAGCGCCUCCUUCUGCUGGGCCAGGGCGGUGCAGCAGCAGCGGGGGGCGAGGGCGGGGCAGGGGGACCCCCCGGAGCCGGGAGGGGGAGGGAGCGGCCGGGCCGGCGGCUCGGAGGGGGGCGGCUCCGAGCACAAGAGCCGCAGCAGCCACCCCCCUCAGCAGGAGGUGGCUGUGAGGCCCAAGGAGACCAUCGUCAGCAAGAGGAAGGGGCUGCCGGCGGGGGGCGGCGGGGUGCUGGUGCGCCUGGGAGGGGGCGUCUCCCUGGCCCUGGACGACGGGGGGAAGGGGAUGUACAAGGCCGGGGGAGGCGGCUCCUCGUCCAUGAGCGGGAAGGCCAAGCUGUCCCAGAGCGGAAAGGCGUCCUGCGGGGGGGGUCCCAUGGGCAUGGGGGGAAAGCACGGCAGCAGCAAGCGGCGCACCAGCAGCGAGGACAGCUCCCUGGAGCCUGACCUGGCUGAGCUCAGCAUGGACGACGGGUCCAGCCUGGCGCUGGGGGCGGAGGCCAGCAACACCUUCGACUUCCUGCCCCCGCCGCCCGAGAUGCUGCCCGCCCCCAGCCCCCUGCUGCGGGAGCCGCGCAAGUACAGCGCCGGCGUCGCCAAGGAGACCGCCUUCGACGGGAAACGGGCCAGCCACGCCCCCCCGGCCGCAGAAAUCCCCGUCUGUUUCCCCAAAGAGAGCGUGGUGGCAGCAGCGGCGGCCGUCCCCGCUGCGGCGGAGAAGGAGGUGGAGGUGGAGGUGGAGGCGGAGAUUGAGGAGGACGGCAGCGAGGACCCCAUGGAGGACGGCCAGCCCUCCGCCUCCAAACCGCCCCGCGCCCAGCAGGGGGCCGAGGAAGGAGGGGCUGCGGCAGCUCCCGCCCCUCAGGCGGCGGAGGCCCCGCCCGACCCGGCCGGGGAGGACGACUACCAGGCGUACUACCUGAGCGCGGCGUCGGAGGAAGGGGCGGAGAGGGGCGUCCCCGACAGCAACCACGAGGAGGAGCCCGACGUCUUCGCCGGGAUAAAGCCGCUGGAGCAGGAGGGCCGCAUGGAGGUGCUGUUCGCCUGCGCCGAGGCCCUCUACGCCCACGGGUACAGCAACGAGGCCUGCAGGCUGGCUGUGGAGCUGGCGGGGGACCUGCUGGCCAACCCUCCGGAUCUGAAGGUGGAGCAGCCUCAGACCAAGGGCAAGAAGAGCAAGGUGUCGACCAGCCGGCAGACCCAGGUGGCCACCAGCACCCUGUCGAAGGCGGCCUUCCUGCUGACGGUGCUGAGCGAGAGGCUGGAGUACCACAACCUGGCCUUCAGCAUGGGCAUGUUCUCCCUGGAGCUGCAAAGGCCGCCGGCCUCCACCAAAGCACUGGAGGUGAAGCUGGCGUACCAGGAGUCGGAGGUGGUGGCGCUGCUGAAGAAGAUCCCGCUGGGGCUGGUGGAGAUGAGCGCCAUCCGGGACCGGGGCGAGCAGCUUCGCGACGGCAGCUUCUGCGACUACCGGCCCGUGCUGCCCCUCAUGCUGGCCAGCUUCAUAUUUGACGUGCUCUGCACCCCCGUGGUCUCUCCGACCGGCUCCCGUCCGCCCAGCCGUAACCGUAACAACGAGAUGCCCGGUGACGAGGAGCUGGGCUUCGAGGCGGCGGUGGCGGCGCUGGGGAUGAAGACGACGGUGAGCGAGGCGGAGCACCCGCUGCUGUGUGAGGGGACGCGGCGCGAGAAGGGGGACCUGGCCCUGGCCCUCAUGAUCACCUACAAGGACGACCAGAGCAAGCUGAAAAAGAUCUUGGACAAGCUCCUGGACCGAGAGAGCCAAACCCACAAGCCCCAGACCCUGAGCUCCUUCUACUCCAGCAAGCCGGCGGCCAGCAGCCAGAAGAGCCCGUCCAAACACACCACCCACGGGGCCGGAGGCGCGGCCGGGGGCGUGUCCAAGCACGCCGCGCCCGCCGCCGCCGCCGCUGCCGCCAGCUCCGCCUCCGUGCAGGGCGUGGCCGGCGGGGGCGCGGCCGGCCAGCAGGCGGGCCUCCCGGGCAGCGUGCAGAGCGCGGCGGCGGGGGAGGGCUUCAGCGAGAGCCGGGAGCAAGACGGAGCCCAGCCCACCGCCUGCGACCAGCAGGGCGAGGCCGCCCCCUUCAAGCCCGAGAGCACCGUCCCCAGCCGGCUGGCGCUGGGGGGCCGGGGGGCGUACAGCGGUCGCUGCUGGGGCUCCCCCGUGCGGCAGAAGAAGAAGCACACAGGCAUGGCGAGCAUCGACAGCAGUGCCCCGGAGACCACCUCGGACAGCUCCCCCACCCUCAGCCGCCGCCCGCUGCGCGGCGGGUGGGCGGCCGCCUCCUGGGGGCGGGGCCAGGACAGCGACAGCAUCAGCAGCUCGUCCUCCGAUUCGCUGGGAUCGUCGUCGUCGAGCGGCUCGCGCAGGGCCGGGGGCGGAGCGCGGGCCAAGAGCGCUGACACAAGCAGGUAUAAAGGGCGUCGGCCCGAAUGCCACGCCCCCCACGUCCCGAACCAGCCGUCCGAGGCGGCCGCGCACUUCUACUUUGAGCUGGCCAAGACGGUGCUGAUCAAGGCGGGGGGCAACAGCUCCACCUCCAUCUUCACCCAGCCGUCGGCCAGCGGGGGCCACCAGGGGCCCCACCGCAACCUGCACCUCUGUGCCUUCGAGAUCGGCCUGUAUGCCCUGGGCCUGCACAACUUCGUCUCUCCCAACUGGCUCUCGAGGACCUACUCGUCCCAUGUGUCCUGGAUCACAGGCCAGGCCAUGGAGAUCGGCAGCGCGGCCCUCAACAUCCUGGUGGAGUGCUGGGACGGGCACCUCACACCCCCGGAGGUGGCGUCCCUGGCCGACCGGGCCUCGCGGGCGCGGGACCCCAACAUGGUGCGUGCGGCGGCCGAGCUGGCGCUCAGCUGCCUGCCCCACGCCCACGCCCUCAACCCCAACGAGAUCCAGAGGGCCCUGGUGCAGUGCAAGGAGCAGGACAACGUGAUGCUGGAGAAGGCGUGCAUGGCCGUGGAGGAGGCAGCGAAGGGCGGGGGGGUGUACCCCGAGGUGCUGUUCGAGGUGGCGCACCAGUGGUACUGGCUGUACGAGCAGACCGUGGGCGGUGGAGCCGGGGCCCAGCGGGAGGCGCCGGGCCGGUGUGGGGCCAACGGCGGGGCGGGCCGGCGGCCCCCCGAGGCGGGCCGGGGUGCGCUGGACAGCGGGGGGCCCAUGGACUCGGGAGGGGUGGCGGUGACGGCCACGGUGACGGCGGCCGCUGUGGUGCCGGUCAUCUCCGUGGGCUCCACCAUUUACCAGUCGCACGCCAUCCCGGGCUCGGCCAUCGCCCACCCCCACACCCAGGGCCUGCACCCCUACACCACCAUCCAGGCCCACCUGCCCACCGUCUGCACUCCCCAGUACCUGGGACACCCCCUGCAGCACGUCCCACGCCCCACUGUCUUCCCUGUGUCCGGGACCGCCUACCCACAGGGAAUGCACCCCGCCUUCAUAGGCGCCCAGUACCCUUUCUCCGUGGCCACCGGCCCCCACCCGCCCAUGGCAGCGACCGCGGUCACAUUCCCGGGUGUCCCCGUGCCGUCCAUGACCCAGAUCGCCGUCCACCCCUACCACACCGAGGCCGGGCUGCCCCUUAGCACCACUGUGGCAGUAGGGGGCGUCCACUCCGGCUCCACCAUCCAGGCCAUCCAGGGGGCGUCUCUUCCCGGCCUGUCUUCCCAGCCCGCCUCAUUGGUCAACACGCCCUUCCCCUCUGAGGACGAGCAGCACAGCCAGCCAAUCAGCCAACAGGGCCUGCAUUACCUGCACUCUGCCUACAGAGUUGGCAUGCUGGCCCUGGAGAUGCUGGGCAGGAGGGCUCACAACGACCACCCCAACAACUUCUCCCGCAGCCCGCCCUACACCGAGGACGUCAAGUGGCUCCUCGGCCUCGCCGCCCGCCUAGGUGUGAACUACGUGUACCAGUUCUGCGUGGGCGCAUCCAAGGGCGUUCUCAGCCCCUUCGUCCUGCAGGAGAUCAUCAUGGAGGCUCUGCAGCGCCUAAACCCCGCCCACAUCCACGCCCACCUCAGAACGCCCGCCUUCCACCAGCUGGUGCAGCGAUGCCAACAAGCCUACUUACAGUACAUCCACCACCGGCUGAUCCACCUGACUCCCGCCGACUACGACGACUUCGUCAACAUCAUCCGCAGCGCGCGCGGCGCCUUCUGCCUCACCCCCGUGGGCAUGAUGCAGUUCAACGACGUGCUGCAGAACCUGAAGCGGGGCAAGCAGACCAAGGAGCUGUGGCAGAGGAUCUCCCUGGAGAUGGCCACCUUCUCCCCCUGAGCAUGCUGGGAGCGCGCCGGAGGAGGCUUCCCUCCUUCCCCCUUUCGCAGUUUAAACGGAGCACACACGAACCCAAAUUGCUGAACCCCCC